AUCACACGCGUCCUGCCACUACACGCUUCUCUUCUGUACGAUUAUCUAUAAUUCAUUUGGGAUACCCGAUGCAUCUCUGAAGAAGAUUUUCCCUGCGGACUCUCUUAAGACUCUGGCUCUUCCCGAUGUGAGCCCAGCUGAGACCGCGUCCAACAUGUCUCGCCGCAAGCAGGGCAAACCCCAGCACUUAAGCAAACAGGAGUUUUCGCCCGAGCCAGUGACGGCAGAUAUCCCUGAAAACCGGGAAAGCCAGCCCGGAUCGGAACCAUCCACCCCUAAAGGGGACCAGGAUCUUCUCACCUGUGGCCAGUGUCACUCCAGGUUUUCUUUGGCUGACAUCCUAGUGUUCAUCGAGCACAAACGCAGGCAGUGUCAAGGACGCCUAUGUAUAGACAAAGGUUCAGACCUGCCACCGUCGCCUCCACGUGCAGGUCUGCGGCGGGCCUGCGCCCCUGUGGAAGUGGCUGUUCAAGUUUCACCCAGUGGAGAGGAGUACUUAGCCUCCACACCGCAUGGAUUACGACCCAAGCAGGAGAAUAUAACAGAAAAAGAUGAGCCCAGCAGCUACACUUGCACAACUUGUAAGCAGUCAUUCAGCAAUGCCUGGUUCCUGCUACAGCAUGCCCAGAACACUCAUGGUUUCCGAAUAUACCUGGAGAGUGAACCUGGAAGUCCGUUAACUCCUCGGGUGGCCUCUGCUCCAGGCAUGGGUGGUGAUUGUGCUUCGCAGCCACAGCUACACACAGCCCAGCGUGCAGAUAGCAGCCCCUAUAGCUUAAUGAGGAUAGCCAACAGAGAAGGGUCGUCAGUUCCUAGAGAAGGUCGAUAUCCUAGGACACCUCCACUCUUUAGUCCCCCACCACGGCAUCAUAUGAGCCCAGAUGAUCUGGCUUUGGCCCCCCACCACCCAAGCGCCUUUGAUAGGGUUCUGCGUCUUAAUUCAGUACCCUUGGACUCCCCAUCUAUGGACUUCUCAAGACGACUAAGGGAACUGGCAGGGAACUCUGCUGGGUCCUCUCCGCCCAUGUCGCCGAACCGUCCUAGCCCCAUGCAACAGCUUCUUCAGCCUUUGCAACCUGGAGCUUCUCAUUCUCCUGGACCUCAUUCAACAUCAACUCAACAAACUCCAAACAUGCCAACUGUGAAGGCAAAGUCUUGUGAGUUCUGUGGGAAGUCCUUCAAGUUCCAGAGCAACUUAAUUGUUCAUAGGCGCAGUCAUACUGGAGAGAAACCGUACAAGUGCCACCUGUGCAACCAUGCUUGCACUCAAGCCAGCAAGUUGAAGCGCCACAUGAAGACUCAUCUGCACAAAUCCUCCUCCACUACCUCCAAAUCUGAUGAUGGUCUUUCAAUUGCCAGUUCUCCGGAACCAGGAACAAGUGAUUUGCUAAGCAGUGCCACCAAUGCUCUCAAAUCUGUGGUGGCAAAGUUGAAAAGUGAAAACAAUGGCAUGAUCCCUGAAAAUGAACAGGAGGAGGAAGAUGACGAAGAUGAAGAUGAUGAGGAGGAGGAUGAAGAGGAAGAAGAGGAGGAUGAAGAGGAAGAAGAGGAGGAAGAGAAUGAUAGUGAGGCAGGAGAGAGGGAUGACAUUAUCUUCAGCUUGAGCUUAGAAGGUGCACGCCACCACGAGAACAAUAGACAAUGUCACAACAAAAGUUCGGAGGCAGUUCAGGUUUAUCGAGAUGCCCUAAACAUGUACAAACAAGGAGACCAUAGAUCAACUAGCGAGACAGGCGGUGACAACUCCCCAAAAGAGUCUGGCCAAGUAAAGGAGGGAAAUGGACCCACAGUAAAUGGUACGGCCUCCUACCUAAAUGACGACCUCUCUCGUAAACUUCUGGCUGGAAGUCCAGGAUCCGACAGUCCUCUCUCGAAACGCAUAAAGGUUGAAAAAGACAUUGAUCUACCUACUCCUGCAGUCCCCAACACUGAGAAUGUGUACUCUCAGUGGUUGGCUGGAUAUGCCGCAUCCCGCCAGCUUAAAGAUCCCAUCCUCAACUUUGGGGACUCGAGACAAUCGCCUUUUGCCACCUCUUCAGAGCACUCCUCGGAAAAUGGCAGUCUCAGGUUCUCCACUCCACCUGGUGAGCUGGAUGGAGGGACAGCAUCAGGGUGCAGUGGAACGGGAAGUAGGGCCAGUACGCCCCACCUCCCCACUGGUCGACCCAGCUCCAAGGACAGCCGCCGUAGUGACAUGUGUGAGUUUUGUGGCAAAGUCUUUAAGAACUGCAGCAACUUGACAGUGCAUCGCCGCAGCCACACCGGUGAGAGACCGUACAAAUGCGAGCUUUGUAGCUACGCCUGUGCUCAGAGCAGCAAGUUAACGAGACACAUGAAGACGCACGGGCAGAUGGGCAAGGACGUUUAUAAAUGUGAGAUAUGCCACAUGCCUUUUAGCGUCUAUAGCACUCUGGAGAAGCACAUGAAAAAAUGGCACAACGAUCAACCGUUGAGCAUUGAAAUAAAAACAGAGUAGAUUUACGACAUAUUUUGCAGACCUAGAAUAAUAUUUAAGGCACAGCGUCAGAGAAUUAUGCUGGGCAAAAAUUGACGCAUGACUUUGAGCCUCUCUAAUGUGCAAUAACUUAAUGUUUUGUACUUUUCUUACUUGUUGGCAUGAUUUAAUGUGUUAGCUUGAUUAAGCAUUAGUUGUGUUGCUGUUGGUACAGUCUUUUAUUGAACGGGACAUUUCAUGUGGCAAAUAAUUAUUUUUACGUAUCAUACCUAGUAUUUGGUCAUUUAAGCUUGUAAUCUUUUGACUACCUACAUUCACACUGGGGUUUACACUGUUAAUAGGGGUAUAGAUUAUAGGGUUACCAGCGAAAGUUUGAACAGUAAUAUUUUAGUCAAAUACUAAACUUGUUUGAUUUUUUGUUGUUGCUUGUGAAAAAGAGUGCCUUGGGUAUCUUUAAAGCGUCUGUGGUUUCUGCCAUUUGCCAUAAACUUGGGAAUAUUGUUCAAUGCAAAAUAAGGUUCUUGCAUCAAGUACCUAUUGUGAAUUCACUAAAUGCAGGAAUCCAGUAUACGUUCUUGUGUAUAUAAUUUAUUAGUAUAACCUAUUGUGUUUUUAAGUACAAUUCUUUUGUUGGUAUGUUCAUGCCCUUUGGCUUGGAGAUAUUUUAUCUUGUAUUUUGGUAUCAAACUGUCUGGUACAUUAGUACAUUUUCUUUUAACAUAGGGUCUCGAUGUUAAUUUGGGUUUUCUAUGAAAGUUUUUAGAAAGUAGCCCUGAAUAUGUGUUUCACACAGUAGAUAAAAGCAAUUUUUUUUGGACUAUACUGAUAUAUUUCUAUUUGGUGCAUGGAUCAAAAUGUAUAUUAAUUAUGUAUAUAUGUCAAUUAUGUCAAAGAAUCAAUUUCUUGACAGGGUAAUUCAUGAAAGUUUAAAAAUAUAUCUUUAUAGUCCCUGAAUAAGCUUCUAAAGAGUUGUCAGGAUUGAAAAUCCUUUGAAUUUCAAAUUGAGCUCAGAUCGAUUAGAGGCCAGUUUUGAUGGAGCAAUGCAGUAAUGUAUUCCAGGUCAUUUACACAUUCUUGGAUGAAAGUCUGAACACUUUACCGUUAACUUGCUUGAUAAAGGUUAUUUCCAUACCAUUUUCUUGGUAACACUCUACUAUAAGGUUAUAUUCAUUAAGUUAUAGUUAUAGUUAACACAAUAGUUAACAUGUUCUAACAAUUAACAAUCAUUUUACAAAAUGUAUUGGGUAAUACUAAUACAUUUUUCAAUUAAAGUUGUUUAUGUUACUUUUAGUUAAUGCAAUAAGGACUAAUAUGACUUUGAUAAAUUAAUAUUAGCCAAGAUUUAAAAAUUCUGUAAAAUCAUCAUUUAUUAUUAUUUCAUGAUAUCUAAUGCAUUAACUAAUGUUAAUGACUAGAACCAUAUUGUGAAGUGUUACCAUUUUCUUUAACACAACACUCUGCAGUUUCUAAAGCUAUGUACUGUAAAUACCCCUGUCUAAUAGUAUAAAGCACUUAGCCACGUUACACAUAUUUUGUGCCCGCCGAGUUGACAUUCAGACUUUUUAUUCUCUACAUUAUCCCAUAGUGAAUUUUAUAAAUAGCACUUGCCACUCAGCCUAAAACUCUGUGUCUGUCCUGCUAAUCUACGGGCAGGUGGUUGAGUAUAAAAUAAAACCGCUCUCCAACAGCACGAAAACCUGCACUGUUUUUUUUUUCUGUUUACAAGAGACACUCUCCUAUAGGAUGACCAUAUUCUGGUUUUCCAAAACGAUGCUAGACCAGAUGCACAUCAUAAUGCAACUAAAGCCGAAUCCCGACCUUUUCGCAAAUUUAAAAAUUCCGGCCGGACGCUUUUUUAAGGUCCGAAAAAGAGGACAUGUCUGGGAAAAAGAGGGCGUAUGGUCACCGUAUCUCGUUUCAUCAAUUGAUGAGGUGUCAUCACAUUUUGUAAAAUACAGUUAGAUUAUAAUUCUUGGUCAGCAAAAAAAAAGGAAAUAAAAUAAAAACAAAAAAGAAAGAAAGAAAGAAAGAAAGAAAAAGAAGGCUGUUAUUUAGGAGCUAGAUUUUUAAAUGGGACAGUGUAUGUUUACUUCUCAGUUUAUAUACUCCAAACUCUCUGUUUAAACAGCCAUGAUAUCUUUUAAGAAUUAGAUAUUUGGGGUUUUCUUUUUGUAAAACGUUUGGUGUUUUUAAAAGGAAAUUAAUUUAAAGUGUUCAAUUUUUUUGCUGCCCGUCUUUAUGUCUUUGUGAAUUACAAUGUACUAUGUAAAUACUAAAUGUUAUUGAGAUUCGUUUUCUUCUGGUUCUGUUUUUUUCUUUGCCAUCCACAGUUCACCAGGAUGAGAUUGUAGGAGUACAUUUGACAUUUUAUAGGGCUGACUUACUGUCAGUCAAAAGCUAUUGUUUGCCACAUCAGUGCAUAGAGAAGAUCUUGAUUUAAAUGUUCAUCGAGAGUAGUCAAGAUAGUAUUUAUAUAUAGGAUAGAAUUCCAGACUGUUCCUUAUUCACUUUAAAGGUACAAAAAUACCUGUAGUAAAUUUCAACAUGCUGCCACCAUUUUUGUUUUCCUUCAUUUGGCAGGAUAAUAUAGAGUGAAACGUUUUACUGUAUAGAUCUUGAAAAUGAGUUUCUAAGAAAAAGCUAUGUGGGGUUUACAUGGAUAAAAGGCUAUACAAUGGUCUGUUGUACACAAUCCUCUCUGACCUGUCACGAUGAUGAGGAACAGGUGGUUAUAUGAUCUCUGGCCUUUGGAUAUGCAGUAAAGUUUGUUAGAUUUUGGGUUUCCCUCUUUAUUUUGAACUGACACUGUCUCCUCCCACAACCUGAAACAUUCCAGUCAUCUUUGAAAGAAUGGAUGUCAUAUGCAAUGAAUCAAGAGUCAAUAAAUACAUUUAAAAUGCAUUUUGA